AUGGGCGUGCGGCCCGGAUGGGAAGAACUGCGAGGUUCCGCCCUCCGGAGCGUUGUCUCCGUCUCCCUCAAGUUUGUCAAGACGAAGAAGUUGGAAGCCAGGCGGACAGAUACAGCGAGGGUCUCGCGUGCCGUUGGACGGCCGGAGCGACGGCAGAUGAGCCACAUGGAAGGGAAGGCGCGGAGGGGAAAGAAGAGGAGGGCGAGGAAGAAGAGGAGGAGGAGAGGAAGAUGGGCAGGAGAGGACGGCGAAGUGGGCGAGGAAGAUGGGCAGCAGAAGAAGGCGAAGAGGAGAAGACAGCAAGAAGCAAAAGACAGUGAUACGAUCAAGCAAGAGAUAGCUGCACACCAGGUCCAGCGUCGCACUCAUGCCUUCGCGGAGCAGCUGGCCGUCACGGUCUGGACGACGGUCAUGGUCGACACCAGCGCCGACACAACCGUGGCGACCACAGUCAGCCCCGGCGAUGGCACGACCUUGGACGCCAUGCUGACCUGGAAGAGCGACGACGACUCGUCCGCCGCCGGGGGCACGCUCGCUUGCGCGCCGGGCGUGGUCUGUCCGUCCAGGGGCGCACCAGCCGAUGUCGUCGAUGCGCCCGCCGACGCUUGCCCCGUUCUGGUCGACGUGUGGCUCGCGGUUGGUGAUGCCUGCAACCCUGUGGAGGACGUCGCCGACGCCAGCGACCCCGACCCCGACAGCGUCGCCCCCGUUGGUGGCGCGCCGUCUGACUCGGAUGCUGAUCCUUCCGUGCUCGUCGUGGUCCUUGCGCUGCUUGAGCCGGGUGCGCUGCCUGAGCCGGGUGUGCUGCCUGAGCCUGGCGCGCUGCCUGAGCCGGGUGCGCUGCUCGACGCGACGCGAAAGUCGGUCGUCGUCUGCGUCACCAGCGUCGGCACC